AUGGCAAGUAUGAAUGAUGAUAAGGUGCUUGAAAAGUACUCUAUGUUGUUGUGGGCUUGCUGGAACAUGCACAAUAAAAGUAUUUUUGAACAUCUAGUUGAAGACCCUUGUAUAGUUUCCAAUCGUGCUAUCCAGUUCUUAGGUGAUUUUCAAGUUGCCCAAGCUGCAGCAAAGGUGGAUGAAGGUGUGAGCAGAGCUUUUAAUGUCAAAUGGUCGGCCACUCCUUCAGAUGUACUAAAACUCAACAUAGAUGUUGCAGUUGCUGAAGGUGGUAGUUUGGUUGGUGUUGGUGUUGUGCUUCGAAAUCAUGAAGGCCAACUUCUGCUAUCACUCCUGAAGAAAUUGAAUAUAAAUGUUUCUGUGGUAAUAGCUGAGGCUAUUGUUGCAUAUGAGGUCUGCCAAUCUGUGCGCAUAACAAUUGGAAGGAUAUUAUCUUGGAAAAUGACUUUCAUGUUGAUUAACGAGCUUCACCAAAGGAGAGAAGGCUGGCUUUGUUUUCAUCAAGUUAUUGAAGACAUAUUCAGUAUAUGCUCUAGUUUUAGUUACCUUUCUUUCUCUUUUGUUAAAUGA